AUGGAUUCACGACAAUCAAACCCCUCGUUCGGUGCGCAAGAUGCCACGGACCUGCUGGCGUCCAUCAUCGGGCAGAUGCCGACGAGCUCCAGUGUCGAAAUUGGUCCGGGUCCGGAAAAACCGCCAGCAGUCCGGUCUGUCUCGGCCGCCGUGAUCCAGCAGUCGAAGCGGCUCGCCAAACUCAAGCAAAAGCUCGAUCGGCAGAACAACUUCAUGGUCGAGCUGCGGCGCAAAAUCCGCGAGAAGGAAUCGAUGAAACCGAAGGCGGACUGCGAUCGUGAGGAGUUGGCAUUCUUACGCCAUCGCCUGCAGAAGGAAGGCGAGCUGCAGCGUAAGCUACUCUCGGAUGUGGUCUCCGAACAACGCCAGGAGGGUGCCGGAUGGCAACCUAUUCGGCUCUGUCCAGAUCAACCCGACGAAUAUGGCGCAAACCCGUGGACGCUGGGGGCUGUCCCCGUGGGUGCGGAUGGUCGUUUUUCGAUCGAUUCGACCCUUUCACCGCUCAGCUCUGACGAAAUGGCCGCCCCGGAUGGUAAGCUGACGGAGCGAUUCGAGAAGGAACUGAUGAACCGGGACCGGGUGAUCGAAAUCCUGCAGAACCGGCUCGAGCGGUUGUCGGUGGAUGUCCGCAAGGUACGACGAGACAACGACGCCAUCUUGGAUCGCCAUCCGAAGCCUGUGGUACCGGUGAAACCCCACUACUGCCAGUCGGAUAUGAUGCAGCGGCUUGAGUUCUACCGCUCGAACACGGAGACACUCGGGCAGAAUCUGGAGCAGAUGGAUCACGCGUUGCAAUCCAUCCAGCGUGAGUUGGGACCGUUAACUGAGGCUGAAUGUCCGCUGAAGGCUGCCAGUGGAAAACCAAGACCUUCGGUAUAUGAUGCGAGACAAUCCGUAUCCUGUUCUCGGGUUGAUCCAACUCCAAGAAACACCACCAUGAUACAGCGCCUCUCUCAGAAGGAGACCCAGAUCGACCAGCAACAGCAGGAGCAGCAGCAGUACACGAUGUUGCUGCAUGAGUACACCAAGAAGACGACCGAGUGUCGGCAGCUGAGUGAGCGACUCGCAAAAGCCCAAGCUGGUCCAGCAGAUCCACUACCCGAGGACACGGAACGUGAGCUACUGAAACGCCGCUGUUCCGAGUUGCUAGACGAACAGGAUCAAUUUCGUGUGCUGUUGCGUGAACAAGCGACCCAACUGUCCGACUACCAGGCGCGAUAUAUGACCGCUCAGCAGCAGGUCGAAGAACAACGGCUGCAACUGGACAAACUGGCGGUGACAAACCGGCGCGUGGAGAAACAGAUCAACUUCGAGAUCGAGCAGAUCAAGCGCAAGUUCCAGGACAAGUUGCGCGAACUAACGCCCUACCCGCGGUUGCUCGAAGAACAGGAAGCUCAAACCGAGCAGUUGAAGCACUCGAAUGAGACGCUUUUCGCAGAGUUGGAGCGUGCCCUGCGUCAGGUGAAGCUGCUCGAAGAUCGACUACAGGGUGUUGUCGCGGAACGUGAUGCCGAAGUUCAGCGUGCAGGACAACAGGCUCAAACGGAACUUACGCAGGCCCUGGAACGGUUGGAAGCGCUCGAACGUGAGAAGCAGUUGGUUGAGCAGGAGGCUGCUCGUGGCUUGAGUGAGUUGGAUGAGCUGCGAACUGAGAGUGCCAAGAUCGUGGCCAGGACUAACGAACGGCUCGAACAGGAGCGUCAGACAGCGCUGCAGAAGUACGGCCGGCUCGAGGGUGAGUUGGCUCAGUGCCGUGCUGAGGCAGCGUUUACGAUCGCGAAUCGGGAACAGGCACUGCGUGAGAUGCAUUCCCAGAUUAAGGUGCUAUCGUCGAGCUUCGAUGAUGCGCAGUUGCAGAUCCGAUCGUUGCGCAAUCAACUUGCGUACCUUCAAAACGAGAAGCUCGUCUGUUUGGCUUAAUCGGCGCGAGUUUUCGUGUGAUUGUAUCCCUGUCGGUUUUUUGAGACGAUGGAACCGGGAAAAU